UUGAAAACUCACUCGAAGAUGGUUAUGUACGUAAUCAAACGUAAUGGGCAGAAGGCCGAUGUGCAAUUCGAUAAGAUCACCAAGAGGAUUCGUCCGUUGACUAGAGGCCUCAAUGAGGACUAUGUGGAUGUGACCCAGAUCACUCAGAAGGUUGCUGAAGGAAUCUACCCGGGUGUCACUACUACGGAGCUGGACUCGUUAGCGGCUGAAACGUGUGCUUACAUGUCGCAAGUGCAUCCGGACUUUUCCACGUUGGCUGCCAGGAUCGCUGUGAGCAAUCUGCAUAAGAACACUCACGAGAGCUUCUCAGAAACGAUCACUGAGUUGUACAACAUCACAGAUAGUCGUGGACGGUCUAGUCCUUUGGUCAGCGAGGAGGUUUAUAACAUAGUCAAGAUGAAUGCUGAUAAGCUCGAUAAGGCGAUUGACUAUGAUCGUGAUUUCGACUAUGACUAUUUCGGCUUCAAGACCUUGGAGCGAUCGUAUCUGUUGAAACGACCUUCUGAUAAGACUUGUAUUGAGCGACCACAGCAUAUGAUCAUGAGGGUGGCAGUAGGCAUACAUGGUGAUGAUGUGGACGCGGCAAUAGAGACAUAUGCUUUGAUGUCAACGAGAGUAUUCACUCACGCGACUCCUACAUUGUUCAACUCGGGUACCCCUCACCCGCAGAUGUCCAGCUGCUUUUUACUUUCGAUCAAGGAGGACUCGAUCGAGGGUAUUUAUGACACUUUGAAACAGUGUGCGAUGAUAUCGAAGACUGCUGGGGGCAUUGGAGUUGCUAUCACGGGUAUUAGAGCUACAGAGAGUUACAUCCGAGGAACGAAUGGGUUCUCGAAUGGUAUAGUCCCGAUGCUUCGUGUUUUCAACGAUACUGCGAGAUAUGUGGAUCAAGGUGGAGGCAAGAGGAAGGGGUCCUUUGCAGUGUACUUGGAACCGUGGCAUGCUGACGUGUUCGAGUUCCUUGAUUUGAAGAAAAACCAUGGCAAGGAGGAGCAUCGUGCUCGCGACCUUUUCUAUGCACUAUGGAUUCCUGAUCUCUUUAUGAAGCGUGUUAUGGCUAACGGUGACUGGACAUUGUUCUGCCCGAAUGAAGCUCCUGGCUUGCAGGAUACAUACGGUGAAGAGUUCGAGGCAUUGUAUGAGAAGUACGAGAAGGAUGGUAUUGGUCGGAAAACGGUGAAGGCUCAGUCACUGUGGUUCAAAAUCCUCGAAUCUCAACAAGAGACCGGCAUUCCGUAUAUGCUAUACAAGGAUUCGGCCAAUCGUAAAAGCAACCAGAAAAACCUCGGGACCAUCAGAUGUUCCAACUUGUGCUGUGAGAUCAUCGAGUACACCAGCUCUGAUGAAGUGGCUGUGUGCAAUCUGGCCUCAAUCGCCCUGAACAUGUUCGUUGAUAAAAAGACCCGCACUUAUGAUUUUGACCGUCUUCAUCGAGUAGCAAAGGUGGUGACCAAAAAUCUCAACAAGGUGAUUGACCGGAACUACUACCCUGUGCCAGAGGCCAGGAAGAGCAACAUGCGCCAUAGGCCAAUCGGUAUUGGCGUUCAGGGCCUCGCUGAUGCAUUCCUGCUCAUGCGCUACCCAUAUGAAUCUCCGGAGGCAUUGAAGUUGAACAAUGAUAUUUUUGAGACUAUUUAUCAUGCCGCGUGUGAAGCUAGUAUGGAACUCGCGAAGAGGGAUGGACCUUACGAAACGUUCCAAGGUAGCCCCGCGAGUGAGGGCAUCCUCCAGUUCGAUAUGUGGGAUGUAAUACCCGAUUCGGGUAGGUGGGACUGGGCCUCGUUGAAAGAGGAGAUCAAGAAGAACGGCAUGCGUAACUCAUUGUUGAUUGCGCCCAUGCCUACUGCUAGUACUGCGCAAAUACUUGGAAACAACGAGGCUUUCGAGCCCUAUACCCAGAACAUAUACGUUCGCCGUGUGCUCGCUGGUGAGUUUGUGCAAGUGAACCGUCAUCUAGUGGAUGACCUUAUGGAGCUAGGCUUGUGGAACGACGAGAUCAAGGAUAAGAUCAUCAGGAAGAAGGGAUCGGUCCAAGGUGUAGAGGAGAUCCCUUCGGAAAUCCAGGACCUCUAUAAGACGGUUUGGGAGAUCAAACAGAAGAAAAUCCUGGACAUGGCUGCUGGGCGAGGACCGUAUAUUGACCAAUCUCAGUCACUGAAUAUACACAUGACCAACUGUACCAAUGCCAAGCUCUCCUCCAUGCACUUCUAUGGCUGGAAAUUGGGAUUGAAAACUGGACAAUAUUAUCUACGUACGAAGGCUGCUGCUGAUGCCAUACAGUUCACUUUGGAUGCUAAGAAGGUUACAGUGGAGUCACCCUUGAAGCCCAGGUCCUUCCUAUCCUAUGAUAUCGGACAUUCCAUUCGUCGAGUCCAGGUCUGGUCUCGCACCGGUAUGAUCCGUUCACAGCUAGCACAAGUGUCAACAGCGGUAGUUAGUGCCGCUUGGUCCCCUGAUAGCGAGACUAUAGCGUUUACAUGUGGGCCAUCAAUUUAUUUGAAGACUCUCGUGGCUGGUCGCGGUCUCAUCCAGUGGAAAGCCGUCGAUAGCGGAUCGGAAGGCACUCCUUACUGGAGUCCCGUCACAAAGCUCAUAGUAUCGGGCAGUGAGGACUGCAGAUACCGUAUAUGGCAGGCAACAGGACAGCUACUGUAUCGCAGUGAUCCACUGGAGCAUGCUGCUACAGCGGUUCAGUGGGCUCCCAAUGGCAAACUCCUAGCUGUUGGAGUAUCCGAUAUGAUCAAGUUAUGUGAUGCUACUGGAUGGGGGCAUUCACACACCAACCUCUCUGGUCUCGAUCAUGCCCUGUAUCAACAAUGCGGCAAUACGAGUCCCGGGGGGAGCUCUCCGUUCGCCCUCUGCUGGAGUCCGGAUGGUACUCAGCUGAUCAUGGGUAUGGGAGACGGAUCCGUCCUAGUCGCAGAUGUGAUCGGCCGUACUUGCUCGUGGCUCAAUGUGGAGGCCGUACUCAUUGAUGCACAUAGUGUUGUUAUAAAGGACUACUCCGUAGAGACGACAGUUAUCUCGUCAGAGGAGACCAUCGACUUCACAGAUCGAGUUACCGACCUCCAUAUAGGCUACGGUCAUCUCAUCGUGACCACUUCUUCUCAGUGUUUUGUGUACAGUCGUCGAAUGACUGGCGAAGAGGCCGAUUCGGUUUCCUGGUUGACCAAUCCAAUUGUAGAAGAUCUCAACGGUGGCGGAAUUGAUCGAUCAUGGCACGCCGAGUUUCCAAGUGUAGAUCCGACCUCCCUCAUUGUCCAGUGUAGCGAGAUCUUCUGUCUGGUUGAUGCUAAGGGCAUUGGCAUCUACGCUUACGAUAGGAGGAUGUCCUACCUUCGCCCCUCCAGCCAGCAGAGGUUGGACUUCCUCACUCACCUCACUGUAACAAUUUCGAAGGAUACGCUCGUGUAUGUCGACCCAUCGAACCCAUGUAGCCUCUGCGUGUAUGACCUUGUAUCGUCUGGUGGAGGGUCCUCUGGGAAGGGCCCCAUGAUGCUGUCUCACAAUGUUGAAGUAACACAAGUUGGCCUCUCCCAGAUAGGGGACGUAGCCGACAGAAAGCUCGCCUUUCUGGACAAAAAUGGGGAUCUAUGGCUCACUGCUGGCUAUCCACAGUACCUAUCGAUGAAGACAUCUGGACAGGAGAAGAUGCCUAAGCUGAAGGCCAUGGUGUCCAGUUUCCGGUGGAAUGACAGCACCGAUAUGCUUGUGGGCAUCGUCGACCAUCACAUUAUCACGUGGAACUACCCCCAGUGUAUAUUCAGUACGAGUCUACUCUUGCCAAGGACGAUUCACACUAUAGGCACUCGUGUUGUGCUGAGGAGCCCUUACGGUGGUCGAUCGAUGACUGCAGUGUCCCCUUAUCCGUCUCUACUGUACAAGCUAAGAGCAAAGGGCCAGUGGGAUAAGGCUGUCAAAUUGUGCAGAUACGUUAAAGUGAAAGAGUUGUGGGCCACGCUGGCUGCGAUGGUGAUGAAGGUCAAUGAUGCUGGAGGCACUCUCGAGACUGCCCUAGCUGCGAUAUCUGAUGUUUGCAAGAUGUCCAUGCUGAGACACGCUAAGAACCAGCCAGACCCGAUAGUCAAGCAAGCGGAGAUGAUGCUUCUGUCGAGACGUGCUAACGAAGCUAUACAGUUGUUGGUCGCAAAUAGGAAGAUAUACAGGGCGAUCAAAUUCAACAUCUGGCUGCAUCGUUGGGAGGCCGCUCUGGACCUCGCCGUUCAGCACCGUACUCAUGUCGAUACUGUCCUAGCCUACCGCAUGAGGCAUCUGGAGGCGAUGAAACACUCGGAAAAUAAUGAAAAGUUCAAAAGAUACGCAGCAGAAGUUCCCAUUGACUGGCAGUCAGUGAAGGCCAAAAUCGCACGGGAGAAAGCGGAAGAGAGGAACAAUGGAGUCGAUACGCCAGUGACCCAGUCGAAGGCCGCACUUCCACUCGAGAUUUCUGACUCCCCAAGGAUGAAUGCCGAUUCUGACAUGUCUCUCCUGAUGAAGAAGGAGUUGAGCAUAGUGGACGAAUCAGCGAUAUAA